AUGUCCGACCUCGACGUCGCGAGCCAUUACAAUCUACCCUCGGAGUUCCCUGACGAAUGGCCGGUGGCGCUGGACGAGGCCGACCAGUCCGACGAAGAGCCCGUCCAACGAUCCAAGACGCGCCCCCGCAAGUCGCGGUACUUUGCGCUAGAACGCACCCCCAGUGACUGGCGGAGCAACUUUGGAUCUCGUAGAGGGAAAGAUGCUAGAGAAACCACGCAGAAUGAUGAGCCGGAUCCAUUGGGAGGAGGUGACAGUAUCCUGCGCACACUGAAGAGCCGUGGGUCUCGGUUCCUCCUCUCGUCCACAUCCUUUUCACCCGCUUUGUUUUUGUCUCAAGUCCACCAUGAUGCUUCGAUAGAGUCGCUGGUGGCUGGUCUGAACAAUCUAUCGAACUCCAUUGACGAAAAGUCAGCGUCGCUGAAGGUACUGGUGGAGGCGAACUUUGAGCGCUUCGUCCGCGCGAAAGCAACUAUCGACAGCGUCUAUACGGAAAUGAGAGACCAGGGAGCGACAAAGGAGCAAGUCUUAACCCCGCGUCGAUCAGGGCACUUCCGGAAUUAUUCAGGCCAACAUCGAAGCAUAUCGCCUGCUCCUAUGGUAACGAGUGGGCCCAAGAAGAACGCAUUGACUAAGGAGAGCGAAUAUGGUAUGAAGGGUAUUCGAGGUCCUCUGGUGGAAGCCUCAGUGAAGGCCGAGGAAGUUUGGGGUCCUGCGCUGGGAGGCCGAGACCGGGAGCAGAUGCUCAAAUCGGUUGUGGAGACCAUGGAGAAGCACCGUGACGUGUACGAGAUCGGAAGUCACUUGUCCAAGUCCAUCCAACAGCGUGAUUACGAUUCCGUCUUUGAACAGUACACCAAGGCUCGGACAUUGGCAAACCGAGCGAAGAACAUUGUGGAGCAGGCCUCCAGCGCUCAACGACAAUUGUCCGAUCGUGAAACGCAUACGAUCCUGGCUAUGGGGCGAAUGUGGAUGGAUGUUGACCAGCAAAUCCAAAACUUCAAGCGGGAUCUUUGGAGACGAUUGAGUGAUGCAUCCACGACUUCCACUACCAGUACAGCAUCCGGUCCUGUGGAGGAGCACAUGGAGCUUAUUGGAGCAUUGUUGGAAUUGGGCGUUGACAACAACCCCAUCUGGACUUGGCUUCUCAGCCGCUACGAGUUCCUCAUGACCAAGAUUACAUCGUUCUGUGAUCGAUGCAAGGUGGAGAUUGAGAUUUUGCGGCGGAGGCUCGCAGUAGAAGAGAAGCCUGCGCCCCAGGCCACUGCAUCUUAUCUGCGUCUUGCUCCUCGAGAUGGGUCGGCCGAGAUACCCGAACGAUUAGACUCUGAUCAAGUCAUUGAGCUUUGGGACUGCGUUCAAGCUUUUUUAAAUCGGCUCCUGUCAUCGCAGAGCGGACUGCUAGGUGAAGUUCUUGACUUUUGGGAGGUAUCACAAUCCUUCAUCGAUGGCAGUCGCCAGCGACUUCUUCCUGUUGGAUUUGAGGGUGAAAGCCGCAAACACCACCGACUUACACCUGCCAAUGUGACGCAGCUCGAGAAAGGUAUCGUGGAGCUGGUCAAUCUCAUUCGAGAAAACGUCCUGUCUCUCUUCAAUGAGCCUCCGACGGAGGACAUUUCCCUUCUCGCCUCCCCCAUCCCGCCCAGUCCAAGAAGUCCAAGAAGUCCAGCCUCGCUGGGCGUCACUCCUACCGAGUCUAGGUUCAAACUGGACCCUAAGAACCUACCCUUACCCGUUCCAAAAUGGGGAGAGCAUUGGGAGGACUAUGCAUUCUGGCCGCCCUAUUCCAAUUCUCUCAGUGGUGUCCACUAUCUCAGCAAGUUCCUUGUCAUUUUGGGCACGGCUGCCAGUGAGAUGGCGGCACUGGGCCCCGUUGGUAGUGCUGGACAAACCUACGAUCAACUGAAGUCUCUUGUUAGCAUCGCACGGGAGCGUUCUGCUCGUGUAGCAUGCUCUGCGUGGAGCAAGGACGCGGAGAUUUGCAAAAUGUUAGAGGAUUGGACUCGUGAUUCAGAGAAGCGGGAUCUGACGAAAAUGCCUGGCUUAUUUGUGGCUUUCGAGAGCGCUAUCCUUGGAGGCAUGCAGAAAAUUCUCUACAUCUCCGAGGCUAUGGCGAAAUCGGGCUCCGUUGAUGUUGUUACUCAACCGCCUGCCAAAUUGCUUCAGAUGGUUCGGGCGCAAUUUGUGUCUAGUGUCUACAAGGCUUUGAGCGGGCUGGUUGAGAACGCAGAACGCCUCGCGCUCUCAGAAGGGGAUAAUGAAUGGGUCAUUUCCAGACCACUCAUAGCCAGCCAGGCAGUCGAUGCGGCUCUAUCGGUCCUCACUGCAGACUCCGUCGAUUCCCGCAACAGAAAUGUACGGAUUCUUCUUACACUUUCGAAUCUCAAGGCCCUUCAGGCCGAAUAUGUGCCGCAGCUGAUUGCCAACUUCGAGACUUCAUUCUCGGUCAAGUUGACGGAAGAGGGCAAGACCGUUCGGGAUGUCUUGAAGCAAAUCGAAGACCGACUCUUCCAGUCAUACACCAAGCCGACUAUUGCCACCUUGAAUGAAACAAUCUCAUCCGGCAUCACGGCCUCCGACUGGGUGCCUUCCACCGAUCGCCCAGAUCAAGUUCGCCCCUACGUCUACAGCACCAUGCUCACUUUGGUGCUGGUGCAUACCGAGAUCUCGACAACCAUUCCAUCAACAGUAUCCCCAAGCUCCAGUCGCUCAUCACCCAAUGCCCCAGCUUCAUUGCUGGCCACCAUUUUGACACACCUCCUGGUAGAAGUGUCCUCGUCAUUGCUUUCAGCGUUCCGAUCUCGUCCCACUUUCUCCCUAGCUGCCUUGAUGCAGGCCACGCUGGAUACCGAGUUCAUUGCGCAGACCUUAUCCCAGUACUCGACCGAUGAGGCAUCCAACAUCCAGAGUCAAAUCUACGUGGAAUUAGAUCGCCGAACCACCAACGAGGCUCGUACUAAACUCCAGGCCGAACUGGGAGAGAUGCGGGUCGUGCUCAAACGCCUCCGAGACCGGACAAAGGGCGAGUUUGCCUGCUUUAAGAAGCCUCGAAGCGGUGGUUCCAAGCCCUCCACUUCGACUUAG